GCCGUCUCUCAUCAUUUUUUCCAAAAACGAAAACGCGCGAGAGGAGGAAAUUUCGUGUUUACACAUUUCGCCAUUCAGAUAAUCAAUAAUAUAAUGAGCCUUCUCGACACUGAAUGAGUUUAUGUUAAGCGACGUCAAAUAUGAAUUCAUUAAAAAAUGAACUGGAGCAGUUCAUCUGCCUGGCAAAUGAUGUUGUUGAAAUGAAGUUAGUCAAAUCAGAAGAAGAUUUUUUCAAUGAUAAAGCAAUCUUCAGACCAGAAUUCACUCACCAAUUGUUUGGACAAACAGAAAACAUUUUUGGGUACAAGAAUCUUAGGAUACAGCUUUACUACAGUGCAGCUCGGUUAUCAAUUUAUCUAAAUCAUACUUUCACCGAGAAGAUUGAUCCAACAAAGUAUGAUGGUGUUCAAGCUGAUAAUGUGAUCAAGGCAAUUGUGGACAAAUUAGAAGUUCAUCCAAUCACAAGCAAGGAUAAAUUCAUCACAGAACUUGCGAAGGAAUCCAGCUUCAGGCCUAGCGGAACACUCCUCAAUUCCUACAGUAGAACCCACGAGGGCAGCACAUCACACUUUGAAAUCUACAAGAAUGACAUGUCGACACCUGGUUUUCGUGAGUACCAUGAGCGAUUGCAGACGUUUCUUUGGUGGUUUAUAGAUGCAGCCUCCUACAUUGACCCUGAUGACGAGCGAUGGGGAUAUUACACUUUUUUCGAAAGGCAAGUUGAGGGCAGUAACACACGAUAUAGUUCGGUUGGAUACAUAACGGUCUAUAAAUACUACGCAUACCCAGACAAAAUCAGACAGAGAAUAAGUCAAAUGUUGAUUCUUCCUCCAUACCAACGUCAAGGUCAUGGGUCAGAGGUCCUUGAGACUGUAUACAGAGAUUUCAUAUCCGAUCCUAUUGUUUUUGACAUUACAGUUGAAGAUCCUUCUGACAACUUUGUCCGGCUGCGGGAUUACAUCGACUGCAAGAACUGCAAGCAGCUCCCGGCAUUCCAGGCGGAUAAACUUUCCCAAGGAUUCUCGCAUUCCAUGGAGAAUGAAGCUUUAGACAAAUUCAAGAUUCACAAGAAACAAGCUCGUAGAGUUUAUGAGAUACUCCGUCUUCAAGCAACUGAUAUGAGUAAUCCAAAGGAAGUGAAGGCUUAUAGGCUGGAGAUAAAACGACGACUUAAUAUUCCAUUUCAGAAACAACGUAAUGAGUUAGAGAAACUUAAAAAAGUUUUGAAACCGGAAGAAUUGACUGCGGCAAUGCAAGGUGUUGAUAUUCAGGAAAGGUAUGAAACGUUGGAGAAGUGGUACCAGGAGGUCAUUGAAGAAUACCGCAAAGUUACGGCGCGACUGUCAACAAUAUGAAAUACGAACUUAUUUUUUUUAUUGAUAUUGUUUGUGGAUGAACCUAGCCAACAAUUAAUUAAUAAAUAAGAUUUCAAAAAAAGGAUUUACAUGAAAAAUAUUACACGGUACAGUGGUAGGAUUUUGAUGCUCUUCGACUUUGAAAAUACUGUUUUUAUCAACUGUAAUGGAAGAACAUAGUUUGAUAUGAAGCAAGUUGCCUGAAAUAAGGGAAAUUUAUUACAAUUGAAAUGCACAAAGCAAUGGAAUUAAUAUGUGGUGUGGUCAAGCCUAAUCAGUCGUUUAUCGGAAAUUCGGAUUUUGAGAUAUUACACUAUUGCUAUUUAGCAAGGUAUUCUCUCUCCAUGGUGAAAACAAUUCUUUUCGUUAUAAACACAAGGAAGAACAGAAUUGUUUACACUAUUUAAAAUCAUUAUAAUUGGUUUAGAUUGAAGAUGUAUCAUGAUAAUUGACCAAUGACAUGAAAGCUUAAAAAAUUCCCUUUACAUUAGUACCAAAUAUAGAGAAGUUUGCUUUCAAAAUGGAGACGUGCAUAGCAUCGGAAACGUGCAACUAAACAGGUAAAUAUGGACUUUGAUUUGACAAGAUUUUGUCAUUUUACAGUGAGAUAACGUCCGUAAAAUGACAAUUUACUGUAGCAUGGAUCUUAGAUGCCUUAAUGUUAAUUUUAAGUCAUAAAUAAAUUUUGAUUUUCUUUCAAAUUUUCAACGUGUAAAGCUUUAGGCCUGAUUUCUCCAUCUCCGACAAGCGACUGAUUUGGCUUGACAGCACCACAUAUUGUUCAUUGUUGGGGGUAGGGGUGGGAAGGAGAUUUAGGUAAAAGCAUACAAGCCUCCAGGAAUAAAAGUUCCUUUUUGCAUAUAUACAGUACCAACAUUAUUUCUGUACAGUCAUGUUGUCAUAUUAAAUAAGACAAUAACAGUAAUAA